AUGAGGCGAGUAUUCGGUGCGAAGAAGAACAAGGAACCCCUUCCCACUAUCCAAGACGCGACAGAUCGGGUAAGGUUCUUUUCCUUAACAUAUACUUUCCUCUGGAAGAAUGUUGAAAAAGGGCUCAAUCAGCUUCCCCGCUUCCUAAGUUUCCUGCGGAUUGGCCGUAACUCGUUGCCGUGUGUUCUAUGUUUCUCUGUUUCUUCCCGCAAAGAUCACCAUGAGCGAUCAUCGUGUCGACUGAACUGAAUCAGCUUUAUCUUCGAUGGGAAAGCUCAAGAUGAUGAAUCGGCCGUGUUCAUCCUCUGCACAUGAACCCUAAUCCUCACGAAAGCCUCAUCCCGUAUGCCCUUUCCAACUCUCACUAGGAUUGUAUUUUAUCGUGCCUCUUCGGCCAUGCGAUGGAAUUCUUCGGACAUAUAUGCACUUGCUUCAACGUGCCGUUGUUAAAGGACAGGAAACUGCUACUGCUUGAAACAUGGAGUUAAGCGCUGAGUUUAGAAAAUUGUUUUACUUAAAAGAAGUGCCCAAAGGAGGAUAAUUCGAUUAAUUUCCUCCCUCAUAAAUGGAAAGAUCAUUAGAUUUUCUUCAGCGAUGUCAGAUUAAAAUGCCACGAUUCAGGGGAAUCGGUUGGCCAACUCCUAUUCACUUGUAUUAUAUAUCAAUCCUGCUGGGUACUCCUAUUCACUCUCCUGACUACCAGAUUUUUAUUUUUGCCUGAUUUUAACAUAUUUUCUCCAUGGGGAUAUUUUUCUUUUUCCUGGGGAUUUGAACAGUCAUUCCUGAGUGACGGCCAAGCUGAUGUCAUAAUCUCAUUUUCUGUGCUAUACUCCUGAUUGUAGUUGCUAGUAGGGAGCAAAAAGAAAAUCUUGGCAUUAUUUUUCUCUUGAUGAAAUUGAUGAACAUCAAUUCCCCCAAAAGGAAUAUUUAAAUUUACGUAAUGGGUAUCUCUUUUUAAUCUCUUUGAAACAGAUUGAGCUCUGAAACUUCUGUUCUUCGGUGUUGAAACUCUUUAAGUUUUCAUUUUCCGUCGGAUUAGAAACCAAGGAAUUCCCUGCUGUGAUCUGUAUUUAUGGAUGUUGUUUCUGUUGCCUGACUGAUGGAGCAGCUAUUUUUUAGAUAAAUAAGAGAGGUGAAAGUGUCGAUGAAAAAAUUAAGAAGCUUGAUGCCGAGCUUGCCAGAUAUAAAGAACAGAUCAAGAGGACCCGGCCUGGGCCUGCACAAGAAGCUGUUAAAGCUCGAGCUAUGCGCGUUCUCAAGCAGAAGAGAAUGUCAGUGAACCUUCCCUAUUUAAUUGAUAGCUUCAUUCUGAAGAGAACCAAACACCCAAAAUCAUGAGCAUGCAUGGUUUUCUCACUCCUGAGCUGAACACCCAUCCGUGGAUCCCCUACGAGCUUAUUUUAGUUAUUUUUUUUAUCAUUUUCUUCAUCCGGAACCCACCUCUGGGCAUCAGUUAUUGGGUUUUUCUUCUUAUCUGCCAUGUCUGUUCAGGUACGAGGGGCAGCGUGAUAUGAUGUACAAUCAGACGUUCAACCUUGAUCAAGUUUCUUUCGCCACUGAAGGGCUCAAAGACGCUCAGCAGACCGUACGCUCCGAGAUUUCAUGCUUGAACCAGAACUCUCUACUGCUCAUUUCUGUGCUCAUUGGGGGCUGAAAACCAAGUUUCCUGUUGCAGAUGUCUGCUUUGAAGUCGGCGAAUAAGGAGCUGAAAGGAAUCACGAAGAAGAUGAACAUCUCUGACAUAGAUGUACAUUAUCCCUGUUCAUGGCAGCUCCCUGAUCCACCGAAGCUUGUUUGGUCUUUGAUCUAUGGCUUAAACCCAGAUCGGUUUCUUGUUCGCAGAGCAUGCAAGAUGAAAUGAUGGAUAUGAUGGAUAUCAGCUCAGAAAUCCAGGAAUCCCUCGGUAGAAGUUACAGCGUUCCCGACGACAUCGAUGAGGACGAGCUCAUGGGUGGUGAGCUCACGCUUCUUUCUUUUUCUCCGCGUUAUCUCUCCGCAUCUUUUCCAAUAUUCGGACAAAGUCAACCGUUUUACUAAAACAGACUGCAUGCUUCCAAGUAUCCGUCUGUCUUACUCCCUUCUCUCUGACACCUCCCAGAACUGGACGCCCUGGAGGCCGACAUGGGUGCAGAGACCGAGUCAGAUGCCAUGCCAUCGUAUCUUCAGCCGGAAAAGGAACAUGAUCUGCAACCGGAGCUCGAUCUACCGGCGGCGCCGAGUGGGCAUGCCGCUGCUGUGCCGCCCGCUCGACAAAAAGCUCAGGCACCCUCGAUCAUCUCCAAGCUGCCGUUGGGUCACCUGAGUUCUCCGGUAGCUGGUCACUGAUUCUUCCCCGUUCUUUCUCUGCUGCAGGCUGAAGAUGAGCUGGCCUUGCCCCCCGUUCCUCGAGCAUUCGGAUAA